AUGGAAGCACACACGAUCACGCUCGGCAUUGACCUGGGCACCACGUCUGUGAAGGCGGCCGUGUUGGAGGCCACGCCAGGCGACCCCUCUGGGUUCGUGGUCCUGGCGAGCAGUUCCCGAGCUGCGCUGGCGGAGGCGGCGGCCGAGAGUGUAGCGGCCGGGACCCAGGGGCGGGAGCAGGAUGUGAGUCGAAUCAUCCAAGCCCUCCACGAGUGCCUGGCUGCUCUUCCCCGACAGCACCUCCGGAAGGUCGGGGCCAUUGGAGUGUCAGGACAGAUGCACGGAGUCAUGUUUUGGAAAACAGGCCAAGGCUGUAAAUGGACAGAGGAAAAGGCUACCCCGGUGUUCGAGCCCAGAACCGUGAGCCAACUAGUCACCUGGCAGGAUGGUCGCUGUAGCAGUGGAUUCCUGGCUUCUCUGCCCCAGCCUGAGUCCCAUCUCAGCGUGGCCACUGGGUUUGGUUGUUCAACCAUCUUCUGGCUUUUGAAAAAUAGCCCAGAAUUGCUAAAAGCCUAUGAUGUGGCUGGCACCAUCCAGGACUAUGUAGUUGCCAUGUUGUGUGGCUUGCCAAGACCCCUGAUGUCGGACCAGAAUGCUGCUAGCUGGGGAUACUUCAAUACCCGGAACCAAAGCUGGAACCUGGAGAUACUGAAGGCCUCAGGCUUUCCCGUCCACCUGCUCCCGGACAUCAUGGAACCUGGCAGUGUGGCAGGCCGGACUUCCCACAUGUGGUUUGAAAUUCCAAAGGGGACGGAGGUGGGAGUGGCCUUGGGUGAUUUACAGGCCUCCGUCUAUUCCUGCAUGGUCCAAAGGACAGAUGCAGUUCUCAACAUCAGCACAUCGGUGCAGCUGGCGGUCUCCAUGCCUUCAGGAUUCCAGCCAGUGCAGACUCCAGACCCUUCAGCGCCUGUUGCCUACUUCCCAUACUUCAACAAGACCUACCUAGGGGUGGCAGCGUCCCUCAAUGGAGGCAACGUGUUAGCCACGUUCGUCCACAUGCUGGGUCAGUGGAUGGCAGAUCUAGGCCUGGAAGUUGAAGAAUCCACUGUGUAUUCCCGUAUGAUCCAGGCAGCGACACAACAAGAAGACACCUGCCUAACUAUCACCCCAACGGUGCUGGGAGAGAGGCACCUCCCGGACCAGCUGGCCUCGGUGACCAGAAUCUCCUCCUCAGACCUCUCGCUGGGGCAUGUGACUCGGGCCCUGUGCCGAGGCAUCGUCCAGAACCUGCAGUCAAUGCUUCCGUUCCAGCAACUCAAAGAGUGGGGCGUGGAGCGGGUCACUGGGAGUGGGAGUGCGCUGUCCAGGAACGAGGUGCUGAAGCAGGAAGUGCAGAGGGCUUUCCCUUUUCCAGUGUCCUUUGGACAGGAUGUGGAUGCAGCAGUUGGUGCAGCUCUAGUCUUGCUCCGGAGGAACCUCAAACAGAAGAAGGAGGCUUAA